AUGACCGAUCCGGACUUGAAGAACGCGAUUUUGCGGCUGACGGACAUAUUGGCCAAGCAGCAGGAGACCCUCGAACGGUUGCAGAACCAGGGUCAUCCGGCUGGCGGCGCAGAACGGAUCGUCGAGUCGCUGGCAAGCGGAAUUCAAGAGUUCCAGUACGAUCCGGAUGCCGGAGUCUUCUUCGAUGGCUGGUACGGGAGGUACGAGGACGUUUUCACCAAGGACGGCAAGGACCUCGACGACCCCGCUCGAGUGAGGUCGCUUCUACGGAAGCUCAGCACGCCCGUCCACGAAAAGUAUUCCAACACGGUUCUUCCCAACCAUCCCCGGGAUUUCACGCUGGCGCAGACCGUCGCGAAGCUCAAGAAGCUCUUCGGCCGGCAGAAAUCCGUUUUCCACGCCCGUUACCAGUGCUUGCAGUACGCCAAGAACGACGCGGAUGACUUCACGACCUAUGCUGCCACGGUGAACAAACACUGUGAAGCGUUCCAGCUCUCCAAGCUUUCCUCGGACCAGUUCAAAGCGCUCCGGUUCGUCUGUGGACUCCAAUCGCCACGGGACGCGGACAUACGAGCCCGACUGAUCUCCAAGCUUGAAGCCGACGAAACCGCAGCUGUCGAAGCAGCCGCAGCAGGCGCUGCCGCCGGCGACGCUGGCGCAGCAGGCGUUGCUACCCGCAGCAGGGUGACCCUGGAGAACCUCGUGGAAGAGUGCCACCGUGUGGCCAACCUGAAACAGGACACGCUGAUGGUGGAGAACAAGGAUGCACGCAACGUCAACAUUGUGUCUCGCAACCAGAAGAAGCCUGCCUCGCAUGGGAAAACAAAAACCCCGAAAACGCCCUGUUGGAAGUGCGGGGACAACCACUACGUUCGAGAGUGUCCGUUCGCUUCGCACACCUGUUCCAGAUGCAAGCAACAAGGACACAAAGAGGGCUAUUGCUCCAGCAACAAGCCCACCACCUCGAAGCAGACGAAGCCCAAGGAGAACGUGAGGUCGAAAGGUAUCUUCACGGUCUGCAACAUCGGAAGCAAGCGGAAGUUCGUUCCGGUCGAGCUCAACGGCACAGCAGUCAAGCUCCAGCACGACUCGGCGUCCGACAUCACCAUCAUUUCGCAAGAAACAUGGACCAGCAUCGGACAGCCAGCCGCUCGACCCACCGACGAAUCUGCUGUCACGGCUUCCGGAAGCAGCCUCAACCUUCUCGCCGAGUUCCAGACCGAGAUCACCAUCGGAGGCGUCACCAAGCGUGGACGCAUCUUCAUCUCGGACAGCGCCGAACUCAACGUCCUUGGCAUCGAGACGAUGGAUCUUUUCGAUCUGUGGUCUAUUCCGAUCAACAACUUGGUCAACGCCGUGCACCAACGCCCCGACCAAGUCAUCGAGCAACUCAAGCAGCAGUUUCCGGAGGUGUUCCGAAGCACGCUGGGUAGAUGCACCAAAGCGCAGGUGAAGCUGUACCUCAAGCCCGACGCACGUCCAACCUACUGCCCGAAGCGACCAGUGGCGUACGCCGCUCUUCCGAAGGUGGACGCAGAACUGCAGCGGCUCCAGGACAACGGUAUCAUCUCGCCAGUUCAAUUCUCGGACUGGGCAGCUCCGAUAGUCGUCGUGCGCAAGGCGGACAACGUCUCCGUCAGGAUUUGCGGUGACUACUCGACGGGGCUGAACAACGCGCUUGAAUCUGACCGUCACCCGCUGCCUCACCCCGACGACUUCUUCGCGGAACUGGCUGGCGCACACUUCUUCACACAUCUCGAUUUGUCUGACGCCUACCUGCAGGUCGAGGUCAAAGAGGAAUCGCGCAAGCUGCUCACCGUGAACACCCAUCGUGGCCUCUUCCAGUACAAUCGACUGCCGCCUGGAGUCAAGCCGGCGCCUGGAGCCUUCAAGCGCAUCACCAACAUGGUUGCCGGCAUUCCUGGAGUCAAGACGUACCUGGACGACAUCCUCAUCGCUGGCCGCACCAGAGAGGAUCACGAUCGCAGUCUUCGCGCUGUUCUGCCACAGAUCAAGUUCCUCGGACACAUUGUGGACAAAGACGGCAUUCGGCCCGAUCCAUCCAAAACGGAGGCCAUCGCCCAGAUGCAGCCACCGAAGGAUGUCCAGCAGCUGAGGUCCUACCUCGGCGCAAUCAACUACUACGGACGGUUCGUGAAGCAGAUGAAGCAGCUCCGGGCUCCCCUGGACAACCUGCUCAAGAAGGACGCACCCUGGCGCUGGUCCGCAGAAUGCCAGAAAUCGUUCGAGCAGUUCAAGGCCAUCCUGCUUUCCGAUCUGCUGCUCACCCACUAUGACCCGUCCAAGGAGAUCGUUGUCGCAGCAGAUGCAUCGAAGUACGGCCUCGGCGCCGUCAUCAUGCACCAAUUCCCGUCCGGUGAAGUGAAGGCCAUCGCGCACGCCUCUCGCUCACUGACGCCGGCGGAAAUGAACUACGGACAAGUGGAGAAGGAAGCCCUGGCCCUGGUUUUCGCAGUCACGCGAUUCCACAAGAUGCUGUACGGACGCCACUUCCUCCUGCAAACCGAUCAUCAACCGCUGCUCAAGGUAUUCGGCUCGAAGAAAGGCAUUCCUGUCUACACGGCGAAUCGUCUUCAACGCUGGGCCUUGACGUUCCUGCUGUACGACUUCGACAUCCAGCACGUUUCGACGACGGCUUUCGGCUACGCUGAUUUCCUCUCCCGGCUGAUGUCAUCCCAAAGCCGGCCAGAUGAGGAUUACGUGAUUGCCGCCGUCUACGUCGAAUCCGAAGCCAGAGCCAUCCUCGACGACUCAAUCAGCAACCUUCCAGUCACUCACAAGAUGAUCGUGGCUGAGACGCGAAAGGAUCCAGUUCUCCAGCAAGUGAACGUAGACGACGAUGUGGUGCAGUUUGUUCGCCAGUGCAAACCGUGUGCAGCUGCAGCGAAAUCCCCGACGAAGGCGACCCUCGAGUCGUGGCCUCUCCCGGACAGGCCGUGGCAACGUGUCCACAUCGACUACGCUGGACCAGUCGAUGGUUACUACUACUUCGUCAUCGUGGAUGCCUACUCCAAGUGGCCCGAGAUCUUCCGCACUCGUGUCAUAACCGCAACUGCAACCCUGGACAUGCUUCGUGAGACCUGUUCCCGUUACGGCAACCCGGACGUCCUGGUCUCAGACAACGGAACGCAGUUCACCAGCGGGCAGUUCGAGGAGUUUUGCCGUGCGAAUGGUGUCACCCACCUCCGCACUGCGCCCUACCACCCGCAGUCAAACGGCCAAGCGGAGCGAUUCGUUGACUCACUCAAACGUGGCCUCAAGAAGUUGACUGAAGCAUUCCUUGGACGACCGGUGCGCACCACACUGGACCUGCUGAAGAAGCCUGUUCCUGCCACACCGAUCGCCGUCAACCACAAGCAGAACGAGCAGUUCAACCGUCGGUAUGGAGCCGUCAAGCGCGAGUUCAAGGACGAUGACCUGGUCUACGCCGAGUACCACCAGCGCAACACCAAGUCCUGGAUUCCCGGCCGUGUCGUCGAACGGAAAGGUUCCGUCAACUACAUCGUGCAGCUGGACCUGGAAGGAAGACAGAGGAUCGUGAGUUCGCACGUCAACCAGUUACGCCCUCGCUACGAUGUUGAAGUUCCUGACCAAGUCCAACAACGUUUACCGUGGGAGAUCCUGAUCGAAGAAGCUCGACCGUUGCUGCUAGCCGACCAGGAAGAACCUGAAGCUCCCAUCGAGAUCGACAUUCCUGUUCCGGACAGUCCCGCACCACCGGCCCUGCCUGGAACCGAAGAUCCGCUGGAAGGUGGAUCUGGCACAAACCACUUUGUGCUGCCUGAAGAUGCCGUACACGCCGACAAGCCCGUUACGCCGCCGAAGCCGCCGACGCCGAUACUUCCUAACUAA